UAAAUUGUGACCAGUGCUUUAGCUGCUGUUUUGUCCGCGAUAUUGCGUUCAGAAUACUGACGUCACCGGCGUUCAUUUGCAUCUGACGCACGCAGGGGAAGUGAACGGUUCUGUAUUUUUCAUGCAAGCGGUUACCAGCAAUUUAUACUCUCACUUUUCUCUGAGAAGAAAUUUGACAAAAGCUGCAAAAUCACCCGUAAAGUGAGCGUAUCACUGCCGACGCUUGAUUCGGUCGCUGUCAUCUCAUAAACUUGCAUUUUUACUUGGAUGACGAGUGAAAAUGAACUGUUGUGUAUUGUUGAACAGUCAGCUAGCCUUGCUGCUGCUUCUUCUACUUUUCUUGCUGACACUUGCGUCGCCGACUGCUCCGAUGCCUUGAGAUGUCCCUCUUGGCUUCUACUACGUUCAAAUCAAGUCGAUUUCAGGAGCAACUAUGGGCAGCGAACGCAGCAAUUGCAGGCCCCAGAUUGCAGACAAUAGCACGCUAGCCGGGCUAGCAGUCUGUCGCUAAGCUCUGCUAAAGGCUGCUGAUGCAUGUCUGGAGCCGGACUCAAGUCACCUCCACCAUGGAACACAAGUACAAAAAAGAGCAAAUCCAAGCCCCCUGGAGCCAAGUGACAAUCAAUUUAACUCAACCCAACAAUAUUUCUUCCAGCAGCACUGAAGAUAUGAACCUUGCUCCAGAGGAUGGUGGGCUCAGUAAUGGCAACUGUAAUCACCGUGUUACGAACUGCCCUGGUGGUAACAGACAAGCUUCAUCUCAGGGUGACCACAAUGAAUAUUCGAAUCGUGACUUGUGUCUACCGGAGGUCUGCGUCUCCACCAACAGCAGUACCUUUGAGGAGAAUAUGAGCGAUGAGGUCCAACAGGCAUACAGGAUUUUCACAGGUUUUCUCCUGGACAAGCACAAAGCGAUAGCCAGUCCCUUCCUCCAGCCGAUCGGUAACAAGACGGAAGCCCAUCAUGGGACAGGAGAUGUCUCCCGCCAGGUCCUACCGAGGCAAAAUCAGUCAAUAUGCCUGCGGAGGAUUGAGGAGAAGUUUGUUCAGCAGGAGUACAAGUCUAUCACAGAGUUUGUGGCUGACUUCAGGAUUAUGUUGGAGAACUGCUAUCGCCACCAUGGUGUGGACCACUGGAUCUCCAAGCAGGCUCAGAAGCUGGAGAUCAUGCUGGAACAGAAGUUGACUUUGCUGUCCAGGACCCUUAGAGAGAAAACCUCCCUGGCAGUGACUUCUAAAGGACAAUUUGGGGCAGAGGAUGAACGUGUAACGGGUGGGACCUCGACGAGGAGACGGUCUGCACCUCGUAACCUAGCAACUGCUGUUGGUGGGCAUGAGUCGGUCAUGGUCCAGGUUCUACGCAUGGAGGAACAGCAGAGAGCUAAAGAAGAGAAAAGGCAGCGGGACCUUGAGAAGAAGGAAGCUGAGGAAAUGUCGGCCAAAGAGGUGGAAGAGUGGGAGCACAACUUGUUGUCGCAGGCUUCUCCACACAGCAUUGACACUCUUUGGGAACUCCCGGCGAUUGGCCACUUCCUCUGUCUUGCUCAGUCAGCACUUAACCUCCCUGAGAUUGUGUUUUAUGAGUUGGAGCGAUGCUUACUGAUGCCUCGCUGCAGCACGCUCCUCGCUAAAGUCAUGUCUUCCCUGCUUUCCCCGUGGCAAAGAAGGGCCACUUUGCACCGACGGCCGACGUUGCCUUAUUCCCGCUGGGAGUCGGAGCUACGGCAGCGGGUCCUUGGUUGGUAUAGAGCAGUUGGUAGUUCCAGGGAUCAGCCAGCUAGAGCCGAGCAGUUGGGACUGUGUCACCAGUUCUUCAUCCACCUCGGCGACAUCUCGCCCUUAGAAGAGACUGCUUUUCACUUGUUGCCAUUUCACCAGCGUGUGUGGCUUCUCAAAGGUCUCUGUGAUAAUGUGUAUGAGACACAGAAAGACGUUCGCGAUGCCGUGCUGGCUCAGCCCAUUCAUGAAUGUAGAGAGUCUAUUUUGGGUUAUGACAGCAAAGAGAACGCGUACAUUCAUUUUCCACAUUUCUGCGGUGCAGAUCUUCGAGUGUACCGGCAGAGUCCCAGCAGACCCCCGGCUUUUCCUUUCCCGUCAGUGUGGGUGAAGAAAAUUGAGGUGGAUUUAAAGAAGGAGGGAGGAGAGGUGGAUGAAAUGAUGGUCAGAGUGAGUGAGGAUGGCUACAUGGACACAGAGGAGUCAAAUUUGGGCAGAGAAAAAAUGGAAACACCUGUUAAAAGGGAAAAUGGGAUGAGCAGCAAAAGUGAAGACCCUAUUGAACUGUGGCCAGUAAAGGAAGAGUCUGACUCAGAAAAAGACUCAAGUGAAGACACUAAGCUGAAAGUCAAAAAUGACAGCGUCAUUACAAGAAUUGGAGGAAGUGUGUUAAAAAUGCAUUGUAAAAAAGAGAUAGAUGAUUCUGCGCACCAAGCCAAGAGAGCCAGAAUAGACCAUGAGCUGGCUUUUGCUGCAGAAUCUGUCCGCACCAUCCGACCAGAGACACAUUCUCCAUGUUUGAGCGUAGGUGAGCACAGCUACACGGGCCGCUCACCUGCCUGCUCGCCAACCAAACCAUCUGGAAUCAAAUCGGAGGACAUGAUUUCCAACAAGACACACCUAAGCGCUUCAUUUUCCAGCUCUUGCAGUGUGUUGGUUGAAGGUUACUGUGGCACCUCAGGACGGCCUGCACAAGCCUCCGAUUGUUUUCAAAGCUUAAGUGAAAAGAGGGUCACUGACAAAGUCUUGAAUAAAAAGAAGUGGAAGAAGAAGAGAGGGAGGGAACAGCUGCUGCUGGUGAAAGGAGAGGAUGAGCAGCUGCGGCUGGCGGACAGGGUGGGCCUUUAUCCCUCUGCAGUGUCAGUCGUGCGGGGAGUCACCACUACAUUCAAGCGGAAAAACAAGAAAAAACAUAAACCAGGGAAGAAGCUUGAAUCUGCCAGGGAAAAAAAUGGAACUCCGGUGGAACCGCUAUUCAAGUUGGUUUGCACCAAUCUUGAUGAGCUGCGGACUCUGAUCAGUAAGACUGAGGAUGAGCUGGACGAACUGGAGAGCACAAAAAACAGAUUGGGUCGUUGGUUCUAUCAACGAGAGGCCGUCAAAGAACUCCACAGUACUCUCAUCAGACUACUGAAUGAACUUCUACCUUGGGAACCAAAACUCCUGAAGGCUUUCCAAAGAAACCGGCUCCGUUUGAAGAAGGAAUUUGAUGACUUCAAAAAGCAUCCAGACUACAACAACUUUUCUCGUGAGGAGUGCAUUUCCACAUCCUCGUCAUCAGAGGAAGACGAAGAGAAAGACUUGGGAAAGAUAUGUCCUUCAGUGGAUCAUUACAGAGGGUCCGAGGAUGACUUGGAGCAUGUGGUUCCCAGAGGUCUUUGGAGUGGAGCUACAAGCAUGGAUGGUGACAUGUCUGCUGGAGAGAGGACAUUAUCUUUUCCCAACGACUUUCAACUUCGUGUGGUUGCUGCAGAAAACAUCUGUCCAUUGCCUGCUGGUCAAAGUAGUGGCAGUAAUUUGGACUUUCCGCCAGAUUCCCUCUCGACACCUGAAGGAAUGCCACUAAGUCAGUACAGGGAUGCAAACUUUCAAUCAACUAGGCCGCCUGUUCUACAUUCUGCUGUGGGACUACCAAAAGGCUACACACCUAUUCCUACCUUAUUGGCAAAGAGUGUGGGGAACAAAGUGACCUUAAUGAAGCGGCCUAUUGAUACUUCUGCGCUCAACAAUGUACACAGGCACGGCAAGCGGUCUUUAGUCUCCAUGACUACCUCUGCAGUGGCGCUGACCACACUUCCUGAAGCACAAAAAUCUCAGCACAACUCGCAGUCAUCACAGGUACAAGUGGGGUUGAAGAUUGUGCCAGCAGAUCUUCUCAAAGCGGCAGAGAGUGAACCAAAAAGUCCAACCAAAUCAGUGUAUAAGGUGGCUGAAGGGUUGGGACAGCUUGUGAGCUGCAGUGGCGACGCGGGAGAGAAAUCGACACAGCAAGUGGUCAUUCUUCCUCCAAACCUUCUCAUUCAGAAAUCUGAACAGAACAUGUCACACUUUAAAGAUAUUCCAAACCCUGUUUCUAGCAAGGUAACCCCCAUGUGUUUGACCACCAAUGUGCCUGGGUUCACCAUUCCAGAGAAAAGCAUCCCUGCACAGCAUGAAGCUUCGCUGAAGACCCACUCUACAGUGAUGAAGAGCACCUCAGUUUGCCAGGCUGUGAAGAAAACACCUCCGCUGUCUCCUUCUAUCAUGACCCCAACCAGCAGACCACCUACGCCACAGGACAAGCAAACAGAACCCAAACAAGAGCUAAAAACCGUCUGCAUUCGGGACUCGCAGUCCAUCUUGGUGACAACAAGAGGAGGCAACACAGGCAUUGUCAAAGUCCAGACAUCAGCCAGUUCUCUCAAUAGCUUCUCCUCUGGCCCAUGCAUCACUCUGUCCCCUCAGAUUAAUGCUUUUUUGCUAUCCAAAAUGUGUCAGACCUUGACCGCAACUUCCCCGUUGUCAACUCCCAGCACCUCCGCUUCCCAAAUUCAGAAUAAGGAUUCCACAGAACUCAAGUUUCCUUCACCACUCACAACACCAAAAGUGCAGACUUCAAGUGUUUUCCAAAGUCCUUACACAUCUGCUCGACCUGCAACAGCAAAGAUCGACAGACAUAGCCAAGCGCCAGGAAAAGCAACAGCACAGAUAUUGACUAGUUCUUCUCUACAAUCUGAUUUAAAUGUGAAAAGUGCACUGGAGAGAUCCCCGCCAGCCGAUUUCACCCCAUUAACACUAUCGUCUGUAUCUUCGUCUUCCUCCCACACAAUAACAGCUGCACUUUCUAAGACUGAUGCACUUCCGAGCACCAGAGUUAUGCCCCUCAACCAGUCCACAGUUGCAUCAGCGGCAACCACACCAAAGCAAGUGAAGGCAUCAGCACCUCCACUACCAACAUCGCUGUCAAGCCUGAAGGUGGGAGUAAAACCGGAGCAUCCUGCUGGUGGUGUCAACACAGACAAUGCUUCACGGUUCAAGAGCUACACAUUACCAACAGGUCUUCAAAUCCAGCUAUCUGGGAAAACUACCGCCAUUGGCCAUUCGAUCAGUGCUCUGUCACAUUCUCCAUCGAAAAGCACCCCAGUGUCACUGGGUGGAAUCUCUCCAGCCCCUCCUGCACGACUGGUGACAACAUCACCAGUACCAUCAUGUCCUGCACCUCUUUCCUUUAGCACUACACUGACUAAUAACUCCAAACCUCUAGGUGUGGCUUCUAUCCCCUCCUCAUCUUCGUCUGUGGCAGCCAGUAAGAUGUCCAUCACAUGUUCCUCAACGAACAGCCAGUUAGUCCAACAACCAGCUAUCCAGACUAGCUUAGCCUCUCCAGUCUUAUGCAAACCUCAAAAUCCAAUCUCCUCUGGAACAAUCAGCAACACUCAAAUCCCUUCUGCAGCCAGCACAGUCCAGCAGAGAAUAGUCAUCAACACUGCCACUCCCCUCGCUGCGGGGACACAGGUCCUCUUAAAUAAUGCGCGCUUUGUCGUCCCACCGCAGGGUUUAGGCCCAGGCAGCCACGUUCUUAUCAUCUCCAAUCCUGGUCUUCAUCAAGUGCCUAGUGUCUGUGCUGCACUACCUCCCCAAAGUUCGGUGAGGGUGACACCUCAAGGCCCGGUUCUGCCCCGACCCCCUGCCAUUCAGCUGAGCACCAGCGUCGGUGCCAGCCCACCUGCUGUUGCUUCAUCGUUUGGCGCAAGCAGAGUCCUGCCUGGAGCAAAACUUAUAAACACAGACCCACAUGUUCAACUUCCGAUUCAGCAAGCGAAUAAGGUGGCGCCUUUUUCUGUAUGUACUCUCACAGCCUCACCCAGGUUGAGUAACACCCCUGCUUUGGGUUCCCCUGUAAUGACCUCCCCUCUGGCUACAAUCAGGUUUGCAGCUGGAUCACCACCUCCAGUUAUCAGUUCCCCCACCACUCCAUCCACCGCCGUUUCAGCAUCUUCAUCGUCACCGACGACAUUGUCCCCUGGCCACUCAAGUAUUCCCAUACCAGUGAUUCCACACCUUUCAUAUUUACUGUCCCAUCCGCACCAGCAGGAGGUGACAGAACAACACGCUGCUGGUAAAAGCACUGCAGCGCCACUGCAACCGUUAGCUUUUGUAGGGCUCGGAAACACCAAACCAGCCCCCACUCUGGUGCAGCCCAUCCUAGCUGGAGAGGGGGCUCAGCUGGUGCCGACGGUUGCACCCAUCGUAAGUACUGGGACCCGAAUACAGGCUCUUCCCAUCGGCACAGUUUUACAAAGAGUGCCUGCUGUUGCUUCCUUAUCGCCCCCAAUCACUCAACUGAGGACAAAUGACUCCACCCCUGCACCCAUCGUCUGGACAAACCUCCAGUCACCGGGAACACAGACGUCUGCCUCAGGAAUAAACCAGAAUGUAGCACCCAAGCUUCUGAUUAGUCCGGAUGGGGCCAUGUUGAGCACAGUUCAGAGCCAGGUUAAUCCGGGGAACGUGACCACCGAGCACUAACUCCCCUUCCUUCACCACCAGAGUUCCUCUGGAGCGCACCCAUGAUUUCUCUUUACAGCAGGUCGACAGACUAUAGUUUAUACUAACAGAAUCAGAGCUACAUCCACACUACUUUGUUGUUCACCCCAAAAUGCAAUGAAAUGAUGGUAAUUUUAAGUGGAGAUGUCCAGUUUACCUUCGCCUCAUUGUUUCUGUCCAAUGCCAAGUGAAUGUCUGUGCCACAAUCUGUACCAAUGGUGGUGUAGCUUGCUUCCACAGUUGGACUUUGUCCCAUGCCAGAGGUUUGCACCAGUUAAUAUUUUUGUGUCGAACUAUAAAACAAAUGGGUUGAGUUGCAGCCACUGUAAAUUUCGCCCAGUCUGAAAUGCUUUCGUAUCUGAUCAGUCAGUGGAGCGAGUGAUGUGAGUGAGUGUAAAUAUAAAGUCAUGCUUUAAUUUGAACCUAGAAUUUGUAAUUUUCCAUAAUAAUAUAAACUCACCCCACUCUUCCCCUCUGUUACACUGGUGGCUCUUUGAAGUCCAAUUCCACCUCACCUUUUGCUACCUGGGGAUAACGUUCGUAAUGACGAUAACUAAGACCUUGCGUCAGUAUGUUUAUGAUGGUAAAACUAACCUUUAGCAUUUUCAUGUGCCACUCAAGGCACUUUUAACUUCAAGCCUUUCGCAUUUAACUGCCGACCUUCCUUAUCUGUCACAGUGAUUUUUCAUGAAAACUCUAAAACAGUUGUAAGUUUUGAAACAACGCAUCUGAAUCUUCGCCAGCGAUAAGCAGUUAUGGUAUGAUCGUAUAGGUGUCCGGUGUAUGGUGCUGCUUUUGCUUGGAAAACACUGUAGUGUGGAUGUAGACAGGAUCUCCCCACUUGGUCAGUGCAUUGUCAUGACUGCUACUAGUUAAGGUUUGUAAAAACAAAGUCAAGCUGGUUCUACUGUUGAAUCAAAUCUGAUGCCUAAUCAGACUUCUGAUAAAUACUGUGAUCAUUCUGUGUGGUUUUUGAAAUACACCAGGCACAUCCAUGGACUCCCAGUUUUAGCUGUUGUGUAAAUAUAUCUAGUCACCGUCAUCAGAUUAAUUCUGUAUAAAGAGUACAGAAGCAAUGUUUCUUGGUAGCACUUCAAGCCACGAGCACAACAGAGUAUGUUGUAUACUGACUAUGGGACUAUUUUGAAAGUGACACACCGUUCAAGAUGUGCAUAUCACUUAAUCUCUCAUUUUUAUAUCGCCGCUAUAACAUUCGAAAUAGACAAACUACAUUGUCUUCCUAAGCAAUAAUAUAAUCAAACAUAAAUUAAGAAUUUCACCGUAGUUCAUUUGUGCCUGGUGUAUUUUUAAAAAAUGAUGACGCCUGGUUUUAUUGAAUUUCUUCAUGGCCAGUAUUGAAAUGUUUUUUUUUUUAAAGAUAAAAACAGGAGGCGCUUAAACAAGAAUUGUAACUUUUGUAAAGCAUUUUGUUUCUCUUUGAUACGCUAAUGAGGUAAUACUUUGUAUACUGUUACUGUUCUCUAACUUGUCGAAUGUCAAAACUACCUUUUUGUCUGAUUUUCUUAUCUUAGAAAUGUAAAUACAUUUUUUUUUACUAGACCUCAAAGGUUUUGCAAUCAUAUUUAUUUAUUUUACCAUAUAUAUGUGGAAGAUUUGUUAAGGUACAUUUUCUUUAACAAAUGUGGGCAUCAUUGCUUGACAUUAAACAAUGCAUCUGUCUCUAAAUAGGCGUGUGAAAAAUCUUCUUUAUUGGAUUGUCUUAUGUCAUGACAAAUAAUUUGGCUA